ACCAAGAUGGCCGUCGUGUAGUCGAUGGGGUUAUAUUCGUAUCACUCCAGAGGGAAAAUGACAAGUGCUCUUAUAGUACAGAAAGAAGAGACACAGGUCAUUAGGCACCUUCUUCAGAAAUUUGGUUUCUGGGAUAAUAAAAGAAGAUUGGAGAUGCUUUCUGCAGAGUAUGUUGCUAUUCCCAUCACUGUAGAUGCUCUCAGUUGGGCGAACCUGGGGCUUCAGGACAGGUGCCUUCCAUGUCAGAUAAAACAAGUGGAUCUUGCCCCAUCAAAGACAUCAGUCCUGGAACCUCCAGCUGUCAAACUCAAGAGGCAUGUUGGACAAUUACUGGCUGACUCAGGCAGAGUUGUCUCCCCUGAACUUCUGGAAGAUUUGCCAUCUCGCUGGGAAAAACAUGGGGAUCUCAUUUUGUUUUCCAACUCAGCCUUCACCAGUGAUGUUUGGUCCCAACUAGGCUUUCCACUGUGGAGGGUAGUGUGUCAGUGUCUAGGUGGGUCGCGCCUGGCAAGGAAGUCAAGCGUCUCAGCAGAUGGCUUCCGUAGCCCCCAGGUGGCUCUGUUGUAUGGAGAUGAUAGCUGGGUGGAGCAUGAGGACAAUGGCAUCAGGUACAGCUAUGACGUGACACGCUGUAUGUUUAGUAUUGGAAACAUCACUGAGAAACUUCGUGUUGCACAGAUGGAUUGCAAGGGGGAGACUGUGGUGGAUCUGUAUGCAGGAAUAGGCUACUUCACCCUUCCAUAUCUGGUGCAUGCUGGGGCGGACCGAGUGAUUGCCUGUGAAUGGAACCCUGCUUCUGUGGAGGCACUCUGCCGUAACCUGCAGCUCAACGGUGUACAGGACAGGUGCACUGUCUACAUGGGGGAUAACAAGCACGUGUGUCCUGUGGAUGUGGCAGAUAGAGUCAACCUGGGUUUGAUCCCAUCCUCCGAGACAGGCUGGCCCGUGGCCUGUGCAGCUCUUAAAUCUGAUGGUGGUGGGGUUCUACAUAUCCAUGGAAAUGUGACAUCUAAGCACCCAGCAUGCAAUACUGACACAGAUAACCUUGAACAUGUGGUUGCUGAAGGUUGUGAAGGUCAUUCAACUCUCUCUGUUCACCAAAAGCAGCUUUGAUUACUGAACCCAACACAGUGUGUUCUUGUGAUGUGAAGUCUGUUGGAAGAUCCUGUAAAGAGGCUCAGGAAUCAAGUGGGGUAAUAAUCCCACCUGAGACUGAUGACUGUAACUGUGGACAUUCAAGAUCAAACCCUAAACAUACUGACUCAGACUCGGGAGUAGUAACAAAACCAGACGCCAGAAACGUUUCCUGCAACAAGAAAUUGAGACCUGAGUGGAAGAGUUGGUCCGAGGGAGUGAGAGAUAAGGUACAGAGCCUCCUUGAACGUGGCAAUAACACUUGGACUGUCACCAUUCUACAUACUGAACAUGUCAAGUCUUAUGCCCCUCACAUAGAUCAUCUAGUUCUCGACCUUGACUGUCGACCUCAUACAUGACAACACUAUACUGGGAGAUGGACGACAGAUUAUUAAUGAAGGAUUAAUGUUUCUUUCUUCCAUCUUAGCACCAGUGACAUUAAGGAGGACAGUGUGACGAGGAGAGGUGGACAUUGAUGAAAGAAUAAUUAUUUUAUGUUUAUUAUUAGUUUCAACAUAAAUUGGUAUUUAUCUAUGCA